UCCGGGGGGACCGGAUGUAGUGAAUGCAGGGUGACCGGAUGUAGUGAAUGCAGGGUCCAGGGGGGGACCGGAUGUAGUGAAUGCAGGGUCCGGGGGGACCGGAUGUAGUGAAUGCAGGGUCCGGGGGGACCGGAUGUAGUGAAUGCAGGGUCCGGGGGGACCGGAUGUAGUGAAUGCAGGGUCCGGGGGGACCGGAUGUAGUGAAUGCAGGGUCCGGGGGGACCGGAUUUAUGUAGUGAAUGCAGGGUCCGGGGGGACCGGAUAUAGUGAAUGCAGGGUCCGGGGGGACCGGUUUAGUGAAUGCAGGGUCCGGGGGGGACCGGAUAUAGUGAAUGCCGGGUCCGGGGAGACCGGAUAUAGUGAAUGCCGGGUCCGGGGAGACCAGAUAUAGUGAAUGCCGGGUCCGGGGAGACCAGAUAUAGUGAAUGCAGGGUCCGGGGAGACCGGAUAUAGUGAAUGCAGGGGUCCGGGGAGACCAGAUAUAGUGAAUGCAGGGUCCGGGGAGACCAGAUAUAGUGAAUGCAGGGUCCGGGG